CCUGUCUUUUCCUUCGUCACCUGGUGGUGGCAGUGUGGCGUUUGGAUGUGACGUAAAUGUCCAAUUGGAUAAUUCAUGGGCGGAGAGUAUAAAUAGCCGGCUGAUCUACUCAACAGUACUUCCUCUGGUAGAACGGGUUUCUCCAGAGAAGUCGUUUGCUCCAACCUGCUUCCAUUUUUGUUCUUCCCAACAUUUCCUACCCACUGGAUUCUUAUUUUCUUUUGGUUUAUUUAUUCCCCUAGACAUUGUGCUAUUUUGUUUGGAACAGAUAAUUUUGUAAUAAACAACAUGGCAAUUCAAGGAACUCAUUUGUGUGUGAUCCUCUUUAUGUUACGGUCAAGAACGAGCUGGCCGUGACAUAAAUUGGGUGGCUCGUCCGUGAUCCUUUGGAGUGGGAAAUGUUGGUGAGUAUUUAACUAUUUUUGUGAAUGGUCACCUUUUUGAAUGAGAACUCUGGUUAGGAAGAGUGUAUCCAGUUGGGUUGUGUAUACAAUCCUUCCGACGGAACACUGGUUGUUGUUUUGUUUAUUAUUUUGUCUUUUUUAUUUUUGAGGAUUAUCCUGGGUGGAGAUAUAAAUCUCUGUUGGGGGUACGCUUUCGGACUUUCAGUUUGACUGAUCGUCACUGAGUUUAGCGUUUAAUGCCGCCCCGAGCCCGGUACAUCCUCGAAGACUAGAUAGUGAUUAGUUAGUGAUUAUUUUCAGGUAGGAGCUGGAGUUUCUCAGUUCAUGGAGGUGAACCUAUGCAGCAAAAUCUGUGAAAUAAUAAUUUGUUUUUUAGUGCGCUCUCUUCUUUCCCGCGAACCUGCAACGUGUUUUUGACUUGUGGUAAGUCUUUGAAGUUUUUGUGAAUGAGUGUGUUACGUAACGGAAUGACGUAAAUGAAGCAGUGGCUUAUGGGAGUUGUAGUUAUCACGAGUGUUCCACGUGCGUGAACUGUUUGUUUGUAUUGUCGCAUAGGUGUGUGAGAACGAAGAUGUCUUCGGUGCUCGAAGAUUUCUUUGCGUGUCCCUCAGAAUCUUUACUUGAGAGGUGUACAAAGGAGCAAUUAUUACAAAUUGCCGAACGCUUUAGUAUCGAUCUUACUACUCAAGAUAAGAAACUGAAGGAAACGCUUGUGACGACAUUAAAACGAUCACUCGUUGAUAGAGGAGUUUUUGAGGUAAGAACUGAGUCUAUUGCUCCCAGUGAUUCUUCUGUGUUUUCUCCUUGUGACGUUGAGGUUGAAAGUGAAUUGAAAUUUCGAAAUAUGUCACUGCAAGAGAAGCAGCUGUAUUUAGAUGCGGCGAAAGUCCGUGCUGAGCGUGAGGAUCGCGCUAUGAGAGAGAGGGAGGUAGAAAGAGAAUUUGCAGCAAGGAAAUUAGAGCAACAGUUAUCCGUACGUAAACUCGAACUUGAGUUGGAGAGAGAACGGGAAGAUAGAGCGUUUCAGAUAAAGAAGUUGGAGUUGGAGUUGGAGUUAGCAGCAAAAAAAGCGGAAGCCCCGCAAAUUGAUAUGCCUUUUGUUGAAUCGCAUUCGUCGGCUGAUUAUGAUCCUGUGUUUGACGUUCACAAGAAUGUGAGAUUAGUUCCUCCGUUUUCUGAAAAGGAAAUAGAGAAAUAUUUUCAUCACUUUGAACGAGUUGCUUUGUCUUUGAAAUGGCCAAGGAAGUUUUGGACUUUAAUGUUACAGUGUGUUUUCACAGGUAAAGCUCGGGAAGUUUAUUCAGCUCUCAGUCUGGAACAGAGUGGUGAGUAUGAUAUAGUGAAAACUGCCGUGUUACAUGCAUAUGAACUUGUGCCUGAGGCAUAUCGACAAAAAUUUAGGAAUUUUAACAAAAAUGAUGAAUGCACUUUUGUUGAAUUUGCAAGAGAGAAAGAGACAUUAUUUGAUCGAUGGUGUACUUCAAUGAAAAUCACCACUAAAGAGCAGUUAAGACAAUUGGUGCUCUUAGAGGAGUUUAAACACUGUGUUCCUCAUGCUGUAGCUACAUAUCUUACCGAGCAUAAGGUGAGUAAACUUUCAGAAGCUGCUAUUAUGGCUGAUGAGUUUGUGUUAACCCAUCGUGGGUCGUUUGGUUCAGUCAGUUUUAAGAACGACACGGGUAAGUCUAAGUUUUGUACUCAAGCCAAGACAAAGUCUGUUUCAAUGGGGCCAAAUAUUAAAGCGACAGUAGUUGAGAAGUCAAAGCCUGUAUUUUCAAAAGACAUGAUUUGCUUUUAUUGUAAAAAACCUGGCCAUAAGAUCUCUGAUUGUCUUGUUCUUAAGAGAAAAGAAAGACUCUCAAAACCUGUUGCUUUGGUUGCUACAUCCCCAUUCAUAAAUGAUACUUUUGAGGAAAGAGAGAGCCCUUUGUCUCAUUGUGGUAAACCUGCUGAGCAGAGUGUUACUGGCUCUGUUGAUUAUACACCUUUCAUCACUGAAGGAACUGUUUCUUUAUCUGGUUCAAAGGAAACUGUGUCUGUGUGCAUUCUUAGAGAUACAGGAGCUGCACAGUCAUUUCUUCUGGAAGGAAUUUUGCCUUUGACUUCUGAAACAUCUACUGGAACUCAUGUGUUGGUACGGGGUUUUGAGAUGGGGUUUGUUAAAGUACCUUUGCAUCGAAUCCAUCUUUCCUCUGCCAUAGUAUCUGGUGAUGUUGUAGUUGGUGUCCGUGCUGCACUUCCAGUUCCUGGGAUUACAUUUAUUCUGGGAAAUGAUCUAGCUGGGGGGAAUGUUUGGGCUUGUGCAGUCACUCGAUCAAUGGCUAACCGUCCAUCUGAAAACCAGGAUGAUGAGGUUUUAUUGAAUGACACCUUCUUUUCUACUGUUAAUACAGGUGAAUCUGAUGUCUCUAAAUGUCCUGAACAGAGUGACUUGAAAGUUUGCUUUUUGCCCUCUUCUGAUCAGGCAGAGUUUACAGAACUGCAAAAUGAAUCUGAUACAUCUGAGGUCCUAUCCACUUCUGAAAGCAUUGGUACUGAACUUUCUAAUGUUGAUUGUUCUUUGACUUCUCUUUUACAGAUCUCUCGAGAGGAGCUAAUUAGAGCACAACAGACCGAUGAUACGCUUAAGUUUUUAUUCUUUGCAGCAAGGUCAAAUAAGUGGUCUGAUCUUCCUUCAUUGUAUUUCUUUGAAGACGGCCUUCUUUGUAGGAAGGGGACCAUGCAUAAGGAUAUGGUGGAACUAAAAAUUCAGAUUGUAGUUCCUCUGCCAUUUAGAGAACCUGUUUUGAAAUUGGCUCAUGAAGGACUCGCUGGCCAUACUGGAGUCCGGAAAACUUAUAGUCGUAUUAUGCAGCAGUUUUAUUGGCCUAAAGUAAAACGAGAUGUGGCCAAAUAUAUACGAUCUUGUCACACAUGUCAGAUUACCGGUAAACCCAAUCAAAAGGUGCCAGUUGCUCCGCUACAGCCUAUUCCUGUGGUUUCCAACCCUUUUGAACAUCUAGUUAUUGACUGUGUUGGUCCUCUCCCACGGUCUAGGGCUGGUCACCAUUAUCUUUUUACCAUCAUGUGCCAGACUACCCGCUAUCCUGCAGCUUACCCAUUGAGAUCUAUCACCACUAAAUCUAUUUUGAAAGCCCUCACUAACUUCAUGUCUAUCUUUGGUAUUCCCAAGAUUAUCCAAUCAGAUCAAGGUUCAAAUUUCAUGUCGAAGCAGUUCUCAAAAGCUUUGCGUCAACUUCGAGUUACACACAAUGUUUCCAGUGCCUACCAUCCACAAAGUCAGGGGAUUCUUGAAAGGUUUCAUCAAACUUUAAAGUCUCUCUUGAGGUCAUAUUGUGUGGAACUCGAUGCAGACUGGGAGGAGGGUCUGCCAUGGAUGUUAUUGGCUAUACGUGAAGUAAUUCAAGAAAGUUUGGGUUUUAGUCCAAAUGAAUUGGUGUUUGGUCAUCCAGUACGAGGACCUACUGCAGUCUUAGCUGAUGAAUGGCGUACUACUAAGCCUCCAGAAAGUAUCGCAGACUAUGUUGGUGGCUUUCGUUGUAGACUUUAUGAGGCACGGGCGAUGGCUCAAAAGAAAUUGGUGAACAAACCAGAUGGCUCAUAUCGGUUUUGCACCGAUUAUCGGAAACUUAAUUCCCUAACCAAACCUGACUGUUUCCCAUUACCUCGUGUUGACGACUGUGUGGAUCAUGUUGGCUCUGCCCAAUAUGUAAGUAAGUUUGAUCUCCUGAAGGGGUAUUGGCAGGUGCCUCUAACUGCCCGAGCGAAGGAGUUAUCUGCAUUUGUUACCCCUGAUGCUUUCCUGCAGUAUACGGUUAUGCCUUUUGGGGUCCGCAACGCCCCAGCUACUUUCCAACGUUUGGGCCCAGAGGUGCUGGAAGAUGAGGUGGAAAUCUUUUUGAGGAGGGAGGUGUUACGACCCUGUCUUUUCCUUCGUCACCUGGUGGUGGCAGUGUGGCGUUUGGAUGUGACGUAA